AUGGGGGAGCCGCUGGGCUGCUGCGAGCGCGUGGCCAUCAACGUGGCCGGCCGGCGCUUCGAGACCCUCGGCCGCACCCUCCUGCGCUUCCCCGACACCCUCCUGGGGGACCCCCGGCGCCGGCGCCGCUACUUCGACCCCCAGCGCCGCGAGUUCUUCUUCGACCGCCACCGCGGGGCCUUCGGCGCCGUCCUCUACUACUACCAGUCCGGGGGGCGGCUGCGCAGACCCCCGGACGUGCCGCUGGACGUGUUCCUGGAGGAGCUGCGCUUCUACCAGCUGGGCGACGAGGCCGAGGAGCGGCUGCGCGAGGCCGAGGGCUUCUCGGUGGAGGCGCCGCCGGCGCUGCCGCGGGGCGGGCUGAGGCGCCGGGCCUGGCUGCUGUGCGAGCACCCCGAGAGCUCGCCGGCGGCGCGCGCCGUGGCCCUGCUCUCCGUGCUCGUCAUCCUCGUCUCCAUCGUCGUCUUCUGCCUCGAGACGCUGCCGCAGUUCCGGCCCGGCGGCGACGGCGGCGAUGGCGACGCGCAGGUGAGGCCCCCGGGGGGAGGCCCCCCCCCCCCCCCACCCCCCACCUCCUCCCCCUCCAACGCCACCUCCGGGCCCCCCCCCCACCGCCCGGCCGACCCGUUCUUCGUGGUGGAGACCGUCUGCAUCUGCUGGUUCUCGCUGGAGCUGCUGGUGCGGCUGGUGGCCAGCCCCAGCAAGGCGGCCUUCUUCCGCAGCGCCAUGAACCUCAUCGACCUGGCGGCCAUCGCCCCCUACUUCAUCGCCCUGGGCACCGAGCUGGCGGCGCAGCGCGGGCUGGGCCAGCCCGCCAUGUCGCUGGCCGUGCUGCGCGUCAUCCGCCUCGUCCGCGUCUUCCGCGUCUUCAAGCUGUCGCGCCACUCCACCGGCCUGCAGAUCCUGGGCCAGACGCUGCGGGCCAGCAUGCGCGAGCUGGGCCUGCUCAUCUUCUUCCUCCUCAUCGGCGUCGUGCUCUUCUCCAGCGCCGUCUACUUCGCCGAGGCCGAGGACGCCGCCACGGCCUUCACGUCCAUCCCGCAGGCCUUCUGGUGGGCCGUGGUCACCAUGACCACCGUGGGCUACGGCGACAUGGCGCCCGUGACGGUGGGCGGCAAGCUGGUGGGCUCGCUGUGCGCCAUCGCCGGCGUGCUCACCAUCUCCCUGCCCGUGCCCGUCAUCGUCUCCAACUUCUCCUACUUCUACCGGCGGGAGCUGCGCGGGGAGGAGACGGGCGAGGUGGUGCCGCCCGCCCCCUGCCCCCACCACCCCGCGCCCCCCGAGCCGCCCGGGGACCCCAAGGAGGGCGGGGGGCACGGGGAGGGCUGGGGGGUGGACGGGGAGGCCGGAGGGGAGAAGGGCUGGGGGGGCAGGUUGGUCACUGAGGUGUGA